GGAAGGGUGGGACUUGUGAUAGGUGACUCUAAUAAGGCUCUGUGGCUGGUGAUUCGAGUGAAUCAGUGAGUGACUCAUAAAGACGUCAAGUCAGUAAAAGAAUCGACUUUCUCAUCACGGGAGGAGAAUACUGUAGUGGCGUCUGUCCUGGAAUGUGCGCGCGACCCCAAGAUUCGCGCGCGCGGCCCCCGGCAGGUCUGCUGGGAACGCGAGGAGGCAAGACGACGUUGGAGCGGGGAAUGAUGGCGCUGAGCUGGGCGAAGGGACAACUUUGAACGAUCAAACGGCGACGUCCUUGGGGCCAGCUAUCGGUGCCUGACGCCAUGAAACAAGUCGGAGAUGCCGUCACCGUGUGUCUUUAGUUGAAGAAGCUUCGUGGGACCCAUGGCCUUGCCUCUGUUGAGGUGAAGAGGGAAUAAUUCCAUUUCAAAUUGUGCAGCAACUUCAAAAAAGCUGGCAACAUGAUCCAAGCGGAAAGUAAAGGAGGCGACAGGACCCUCCGGAGUGCGUCUCCUCACAGAAACGCAUACAAGUCUGACUUCCACGCCAUCAAAUGCUCCUUUGAUGGGCAAAAACCUGAAGGUGCUGCCAAGUCCUAUGCAAAUGGCUCCAGCGACACUCGUGAGGACUCCCGGGGGAGGCCUUUCGGCACCAGAGUGAACAAGAUCAAGAACAUAUUUCUCCAGAUGGAUGGUCAGCAGCAAGAAGGCCAAGAUGCGAAAACAACCAUCAAGUCUGACGCGGCCCAAGUGUCUCCACCCAAGCUACAGCUUCCCGUCAGCACGCACAGAGUUAACUUCAACAGCCCUACAAGCCCCGAAUCUCUCAAUUUAGAUAAAACUCCCAAAGGAGAGGAUGUGGAGAUCGACAAAGUGGCUUUGGCGGAGAAGUUUUCCGUAACUAGGAAACUAUUUGAAAGGGGCAUCACUGAGCAGCCUGCUGUUGACAAGCAGUCGCCGAGCCGGGUUGUGAAUCGCCUGUCGCUCGGAAGCGCCUCAGAUGAGGGAAAAAGCACACGGAGAGCAUCGGGAUCCUCGGAGACUGUCAAAUCUGAGCAAACGCCUACAUCGGGAGUUAAAUGUAGAGCGGACGCUGAUAAUGAGAAAAAGAAUGUGCCGAGAGUGUCGCUAAAUGCAGGGCCCAUGUCAAAGAGGCUGGAGAAUUACAUGGCCGGGAAUGACUCAGAAGAUAACAACACGGUUGCCGCCACGGGAGGAAUGAUGACUGCUAAAUCUGACAGUAUGGCUGAACACUCGCCGACAACCUCUCCGUCGAGAGGCGGCUUACACAAACCCGCCUCCCCUGUCAAAGAAGCUGCUAACUCGUCACCUGUAGCUGACAGCGCCAACAAAAGCCCAACAAAAUCUCAUGCGACACACAAAACUGCAUCGUCAGGGUCUGAGCGUAAAGCAACAUUGCCAGCUACUAGUGCAGCAUACAAAUCAGUUUCUCCUACCAGUGAUCACAAACCACCGUCACCCGAGUCAACGAGUCUGGUCGGCCACGGGUACAAGCGACAUUCAUCCAGGGAUGGAUUGAAUCAGACCGUCGAUGUGCCCUCAAGAGACAUGAAGCAGCAUAGAUCGGGGUUUGAGAACACCUCCACGACCAAAUACACAGAAAUCGCUAAAAGUCCAACGAGGGCAAAGACAUCCAGCCACACCUCAUCCAUUGACUCAAAAGGGGCGGGCAUGGUACGGGCAGAGCUUGUCGUGGUUGAGAAUGAGUCUUCCGAGAGUGAUGACAAUGACGAUGAGAUUGAAGAUGCUGUUUUUGUUGUGGCCAAAUACCCUGCCAAAGAUGCAACAAGGGAAUUUCAGGCAGACAAACAGAAUAGCACCACUCCUGUAGCAGGCGGAUAUGAAAAAGCAACAGAGUCUAUCUCGCUUAAAGACCAGCAUAACGACAAAGAUGAUGACCAUGAAGAGAAGGAGCUGGUGGAGCACGCUCAGAAAAGCGUCGUGAACGGAGCCCCCGUGUACGGUAUUGAGAAUGCAGCCUUUCAGGAUGACAAGGAUGUAGACCAGGUCCUCAUGGAAGAGGAGGAGGUGACAGAAGAGGGAGAGGCGGAGGAAGAGGACGAGGAGGAAGAAAUGUACAGGGAGUAUGAUGACUAUUAUGAGGCCCCUGGACUGUCUGACGAAGAGGGACCUCCCCCAAAGAGGAAAAUCAAGUUCUCCACAGAUCCCAUUCUGGUCUUCAGCACUUUCUCUAACGAGGAGUACGAUCGACGCAAUGACGACGUGGACCCUGUUUCGGCAUCUGCAGAGUAUGAGCUGGAGAAGAGAGUGGAGAAAAUGGAUGUAUUUCCCGUGGAGCUUGAGAAAGGUGAUCCAAAACACACAACGCUAAGCUGCUUUCUAGCAACGGGAGGGGAAAACUCGAAUUUAGUUCCAAUUUCUCUGCAUCUAGGAGACAAUGGUCUUGGCAUCAGUAUCAUCGGAAUGGGGGUGGGUGCGGACCAGGGUCUGGAGAAGCUUGGCAUUUUUGUAAAAACCAUAACAGAGCAGGGGGCAGCUGAGCGAGAUGGACGCAUCCAGGUGAAUGACCAGAUAGUGGAGGUGGAUGGUGUUAGUCUGGUGGGUGUCACCCAGCUGUUUGCUGCCACUGUUCUCAAGAACACCAAAGGCUCUGUGAGGUUUCUGAUUGGUCGGGAAAAGCCUGGCACACAGAGCGAGGUAGCCCGCUUGAUAAGUGAGACGCUGGAGCAGGAGAGGAAGCAGCAGCAGCAGCAACAUCAUCAUCUGGAUGACCACUAUGAACACUCCACAGAGGAGGAGGAGCGCUACGAGGACGAGGACGCAGCGGAUGAGCGGAUUCUUGGCUCUAAUUUUUCUCCAGGCCGCAACGUGGAGGUAUUUGAGCUGCCUGAUUCAGAAGCUUUGUUUAUGCCAUCCAAUAUGGACAGCUCUCAGAUGGCCUUCAAGUUGAAAGAGCUGCAGCUCAAACACAGCAUUGCCUCGGCUGAAAUUAUUCAAUUAAAGGAAAAGCUUCGGGGAUCGGAGGAGGACAAGUCAUUGUGGGAAGCCAGAGAGUCUGCACUGGAGCAGAAAAUUGAGGAGAGCAAUGGAAAAAUCCUCAAGUUGGAGACUUACUGGCUGGAAACCCAGGCUCUGUGCAAGACAAUUAACGAACAAUUAGCAGAAACCCAAGCUCAGCACGAGACCCUGGACAAGAAGUACAACAAGGCUAAGAAACUUCUAAAAGACUACCAGCAGAAGGAAAUAGACUUUGUGAAAAAGGAGGAAGAGCUGAGGAAGAGUAUUGAUGAAAAAGAAAGGUGGUACAAGGAACAGCUGGGGUUAUUGCAGAAUAGGAUAGGUGUCCUGGAGGCUGGGGAUGCUUCAUGUGUCUCUCGGACGACUGCUCAGAGCCCGGCAGAAGACAGCCUUCUCUCCCAGGUCCCAGUCCCUGAUGAACAAUCAUGUGACUCACUUGCAGAGAAAGACUGGAGCGAGCUUGUUCCUGAGACGGAGCUGCUGGACAUCAGUGCACACAAAGCAAAAGGCGUGCUGGCCCAGAAGGCCAGACGCCAGCGUCCUUCUAGAAACAAAAUGAAGGAGAGUCUCACGGUGACCUCCGGCCCCUCCCAGGAAACUGAAGAAGAGGAUGACCAGGAGGAGCAGGAACCUCGAAGGAGGAGCUCCAUCCAGGAGAGCCUGUCCCUCCCAGUGCCUGUCUGCUAUCCCGGGAAUGAACAAAAAGAGGAACCAGGGGAGACUACAGAUGAAUCCAAGAGCAAAGCCGAGCUCUCCACCAGCCCGUCCUUGUCCCCAUCACAGGGGGGUAGCAACGAAAGCAGCGGAAGUCCCGCUUUGUCCCCUCUAAGUGACGCAUCUCCAACAUCCCCCUCUGGCUUAAUGCGUAAUGCCAAGAAGAGGGAGUCCAAAGGCAAGGAAAAAGUGCUCAAAGAUGAAUUAAUUGAACCCUCAUCGGCAACAAAACCCAAAAGACGAUUUCCUGACUUUGGGGGUCUUCGGAAGUCGGGUGGCAAAGGAAAAAAACAUGACAAGGAGGCGAUGAGAAUGUCUUUGGACAGCAGGGGUUCGGCAGAGUUACUGGAAGACUCUGGUAACGUGUCUCCUGCGGAGUCCAUGACCUCCAUCCCAACCUGUAUGCCCUUCUCUUGGUUUGGAGACAAAGAGAAGGACCGAGACAGGGAGCCGUCUUCCUCAAGCAGCAGCCUGCCCUACGCCGAGACCAGCAGUGAGCAAAGCCAGGAUCGCAAGAACAAGACAAAUCUCUCCUGGUCUUCUUUAUUCAGUCGCUCAUUAGAUUUGAGUGUGUCAGUCAUCGAUGAUUGUAACCCUGCCAGUCCCAGUUCAGACAUCUCUGGGUUAGUGGCAGAACCCAAUCUGUCUGGGCGCUCACACACUUUAAUCUUCUCUUCCAGCGAGACGCUGGACGAUGAGCCCACGGCCGCAGGAAAGGACUAUCAGUGGCAGACCCGACCUGUUUGUGAAUGGACCAAUCAGCAGGUGUGUCACUGGUUAAUGGGCAUAAACAUGGACCAGUACACACCUGAAUUUACUGCAAAGGGGGUCGACGGCCAGCAACUUCUGCAGCUGGACAGCGACAAGUUAAAGGUGCUUGGUGUGUCCAGUCAAAACGACCGCUCCACAAUCAAGAAGAAACUGAAGGAAAUGCGCAAGGCUCAGGAGAAGCUGGAGAAGCAACGAGAGAAAAGAGAGAAGGAGAUCCGGCGUAGCGGACGACUGCCGGUUAGUACCGACUCUGUCUGCUGAACUGAACAAAGCUGUCUUGCACAAACUUUGACCCACAAAGACGUGGAGAAAGUCGGGUUUUCUCACACCAAGUGUGCCCACGCUGAGCAGACUAUGACGCCAGUUGUGAUUUUUUUUUUGUUCAUAUUUAAGCUCCUAUCCUUUCUGUCACACGUUAACACUAACUAAAAGAUCAUUUUAAUCAUGAGAUUAAGGUCCAAACGAUCUGCAUCAGUUUUUUUCACCACUAUAAAGUUGCAAGCAGAAAAUAUAAAAUCUGUUUUCAGAUAUAUUGUGCGCAUCUUUAUGAAAUAUGUGAUAUUUUUUGCGAACAUAACUUUGCUGUAUUAUGUCCAACUUUGUAUUGUACAGUCAAGUCAAGAGCACUAUAUUUGUCUUUUAAGCUUCCAUGAACGACAAGGUUUUAAAUGUAUAAACACAUUUUAUACAUGUGCCAACUACCUGCAUUGAAAUAUUGUUGCUUUUUAUACCUUCUAAUGUUUUCUACUAAGUAGAAUAGUAAAGACCAAACAAAUGCAAAUGUUUGCGGGGUGGAAGCAAGGGACCAGGUGAGUGAGCGCCGCUCCGGUCCCGAAUUAUGGGGUUCAAGACGGCACCACGACUGUCCAUGAAAACACGCGGUGCCUCACUGGUCCGCUGGAGGGGAAAGACGUGCCUAUGACGAAGACCGAUCGCAGCCAGGCGCUUCUCUCUGCGCCUACGAAACCGCAAGAGAACUCGCAUCUUUGGAAUCUGAGAAGCGUUUUUACAUACAAACGACGUAAAUAAACACAUUUGAACAAUUUAACAGUUGACUGACUUGCUUUUACACAAAGCAUAAUAGUGGUCAUGUGACCGUUGUCCACUUACUGUACGUCUGGCUGUAUUCCACCUUAGUGCACUUUAGUAUACAGUGGAGCCUUGGUUAAUAUACAGUGGAGCCUUGGUUAGUAUACAGUGGAGCCU